AUUCUCCGUUGUUUUAAUCUUUUCUUAUAGUUAUUAAAAAGUUGAUAUCUGUCAUUGAGAACUGCUUUCAAUUUUUGUUGCCGCAUUGAAAUAUUUCAAUACAAUGUGUUAAUGUAAUAAUACAUUUUAUUUCAAUAUAAUGUAUAUAAUAAAAAUAUAUUUUAUUUCAUAUAUAAAAUAUAUAUGAUAAAUAAUAUGAUAAAUAAUAUAGUUAUAUAAAAUUUUUUUAUAUUCAUUAAAAUUUGCAAAAAAAUAAAUAAAAAUGAAAUAAUUACUAUACAUAUAUUAAAUAACGAAUGAUAAGCAUAAACUAAUAUUUAAAUAGUAUCACGAUUUGUGAAUUGUUAAAUGAUCACUUAAUAUAAUACAGUAAUUUUUAUUAGUGAAUUAAAUAUUUAGCAGAAUGUCGAUAUUAGGAAUGUAUGAAUUAACUCAUCCUGAAUCGUUGUCAGAUUCUGAACUUAAGGAAAUUUUAGAAAACAGAUGUAUUGACUUCAGUGAUUAUAAAAAUUUAUCUAGAUUUGAAUUAAUAGAACUAUAUAAACGGGUAGCAUUACCAUUACCUCAAAGACAAUCUGAAAGUACGCAAAAUUCAGGAAUAAAAGGACAUAAUGAAACAACACAUUUUGAUAAUGAAUUGUAUAAAAAUUCAAUUUCAUUGAAUGGUACAAAUAGUACAAAAAUAUAUAUUAAUGAAACAACAAAAAUGCCUGAAUCUUCUUAUAUGAGAUCAAAAUCUUCUACAAAUGAAAUUAAACAAACUUCUAAGAAAAUACGUUUGAAUAAUUCAAAUAAUUUUACAAAAUGUAAUGGUAUUGACAAACAUGUUAUUGAUGAAAAAUAUGAUGGAGCACCAUCAAAGAAAAAACAGAAAAUUACAUGGCCAUAAUUUUGGAAAAUGCAUAUUUAUUUAUAUUAUUAAUUAUUUAAUAAAACAAGAUCUAUAAAAUUUUAUAUAAAAUAAUUUAUAUAAAAUCAACAAAAAUAUAUAAGGUAAAUUUCCAAAAUAUAAAUAAUUAUUUAAUUAUUAUUUUCUUACAUAAUAUUAAUAAUCAAUUUUAUUAGUAAACAAUAACAUAAAAAGUCCAUUAUAUUAUUAGUAAGUAUAUUCAUAUUUGUUAUAUAAAAAUGAGUUUCUAUAAUAUAUAAUAGUUUGAAAAUAUAUAAAUAAUUUUUAAAUUAUUUAUAUUUUAAUGGUAUAAAGAAUAUUUUAUACUUUCUACAUUUUAUUUGAAUUAUAAAAUUGUAAUAUUUAAUAAAUCAAAAUUAUUGAAAUUUGUUAUUUAAUUACUAUAUAAUAUAUUUUAAUUUAUAAAAAACAAGUUUUUUAAUAAGUUUUUAAAUUAAUAUUUUAUAAUAAUAAUAUUAUUACUUAAAUAAUAAUUUUGUUUCAAACAGAUUAAAAUAAAUAUUUUCUCUCUAUGAAAAUACAAAAAAUAUGUAAUUUAAAUAAUAUUGAAAAAUAAAUAAUACAAAAUUUUUUUUAUAUCAGAGAAUUUUUUUAUAUAUUAUUUUUCAAUGAUUUUUUUCAAAAAUAUAUAUAUUUUAUGUAUUCAUGAUGAUUCACAAAACAUGUAGAAAGUAUGACAGAAAUUAAUUUGAUUAUAUUAGAAUAAGAAGAAAAAUUCAUAUAAACAUAUAUUAAAUAUGAUUUUGUUUUACAAUUUAUUUUGUGUUGCAAUUUUUUUACACAAAUAUAUAUAAAAAUGGAUAUUAACUUACUGUUUUUUUGUACGAGUUUCUUGUAAGUAUUAUAUUAUGAAUGAAAUAUCUAAUAUUCAGCAAAAAUGUAAGAUAUUUUAAAUUUUUGAAUUUUGAUUUCAUGGAAAUGAGAUAUCAUUUUACAACUAUGAAAUAAAAAUUGGUAUGUAUUUUAUAUAUAAACUUAUGUAAUGUUGAUGAAUUAGAUAUCUUUAUAUAAAAUAAUUUCUAAAAAAUUACCGUUUACUCGAGAGAAACAUAUUUCAAAAUAUAUAUCGUCUUCGAAAUAUUAAUUCUUUUAGGAAAUUUAAUAGAUUUGAAAAUCUAUGAUAUUAUAUAUGUUUGUAGAAAAUUAGAAUAAUUUCUCUAAAGUGAAUAUUAUAAUAUAAAAUAAAUUAUAUUAUAUUUUAUAUAAAAUAUAAAAUUAAAAUAAAUUAAAUAAUUCAAAAACAAAAUCAUAUGAAAUAUUUAUUUAUAUAUAUUUUUUUUAUUAUAAUAUAAAUCAAUUAUUUCCAUAUUCUUCUUGUAUACACAGAAAUGUAUACAUUCACAUUCUUAUAUACAUUCCUAUAUAUAAAUGUAUACAGGAUAAAUGAAUAUAUUAUAUAUAUAUUAUAUAUAUAUAUCAUGUAGUUAUAUGUAUUAUAAUAUUAUCAUGUGAUAAUAAAUUGUUUGUUUUGUUUAUAUAAAUUAUAUUAUUUCAAAAUU